UCGCGCUUACGCGCAAGGAUUCAGUCAGGAGUUUGGCAUUGAUUAUGAGGUAACAUUUGCUCCGGUUGCGAAAAUUCAGACAGUUUGAUGUGUCCUGGUGGUAGCUGCUAAGCGAGAUUGGCCUCUUGUACAGUUGGAUGUUAAAAAUACGUUUCUGCAUGGAGAUGUAAAGGAAACCAUAUACAUGGCUUGACCAACUGGUUAUACAAAAGGGGAUGCAAAUACAAUAUGCAGGCUGGUUUGAGAAGUUUCAUGGGACGAUCGUGCAUGCUAGUUUUACAUAGAGUCAGAACGAUCCUUCCUUGUUCCUGCGACAUACAAUAUAUGGUCUUACAGUGGUACUGCUUUAUGUGGAUGACAUGAUUAUUUUAUGGGAUGACAAGUCUGAGAUUAGGGAACUCACUGAGUCUCUUCAUCAAGCUUUUAAGCUCAAGGAACUUGGGGAGGCUUCCUAUUUCCUGGGCUUGGAAAUCGAGAGAAGCAAGCAUGGCAUCCUAGUUAGUCAACAGAAGUAUAUUCGGAACUUGUUGUCCAAGUAUCAAUUUGAGAAUUGCAAGCCAUGUGCUACACCUAUGAAGCAGAACUUGAAGCUGAGCAAAACUAGUGGAGAUCUACUGGAUGAUCAGACACCGUACCAGACUAUUGUUGGAUCUCUUCGAUAUUUGAGUUCGACACGGCCUGACAUUGCUUAUGUAGUGCAGGUGGUGAGUUAGUUUAUGGGCAUAACGUACUAUGCAUUUUGAUGCAGUGCAGAGGAUCAUGCGGUAUUUACAGAGUACACAGGAUGUUGGUCUCUUCUUUCCUGCAAAAGGGGAACCUGUGUUGGAGGCCUUUGCUGGCACUAACUUUGCUGGUUGUGUUGACACAAGGCAGUCAACUUCAGGAUGGUGUGUAAGAUUUGGGAGCUCAUUUGUAUAUUGGAGGUGUAAGAAACAUGAUCAGGUAUCAAAAUCUUCCACAGAGGCGGAAUACAUGUUGAUGUCAAAAGUGAGUUUAGAACUCGUCUGGCUGCAGUGUCUCAUAGGAGAUCUGGGUGUGGACUGUCGUGUGCCUAUGAAGCUACUUGGUGAUAAUACUAGUGCCAUUCGGAUAGCUACUAAUCCUGUUCUCCAUGUUCGGACUAAGCACAUAGAGACACAUGUCCAUUAUAUCUGGCAACUCUUAACUGAGGGAGUCAUUCAGCUUAGUUAUUUGUCAACAGAAGAUCAGACUGCAGACUUGUUGACAAAGGCAGUUGAUACCAGUCGUCAUUGGUUUCUGUCUAACAAAUUGAUAUUGCGUAAGCAUCAUCAAUUUGAGGGAGGGUGUUUAAUUAUGUAAUAUACUUAGUUUAGGGAUCUUACAGUAAUUGUCCCAGUACGUGAGAUUCUAGACUAAGUACGAUUAGGGUUACAUUAGAGUUGUAUCCCUAACACAUAUAUAUACCUCUGCUAUGUACUCUGAAAACUAAGGUGAAUAAGAUUGACUCUGGAGAGUACUACCUCUCUCGUGGACUAGUCCUGAUCUUCAGGGAAACCACGUAAAUUCGGUGUUCGUGUUCUCGCGUUUUACUUUCUUGACAAUUUAAUGGGCUUAAAUUUUAUUUCUAGGUCACUUAUUAGAAAGACAAAAAAAAAAGGUGAAAGAAAAAGAAACUGGUCUUGUGGAGGAACAAAAAAAUGUAAAGAAGUUCGAGAUUAAAGAAAAAAGAAACGAAAGAACAGCGACGAGUACUGGUGGUUGCAGGUAAUGUCAACAGAUUUUUUUUAUAGAAUGUGUUUGUUAGAAUAAGAAAUCCCUGAAUAAUAAAAAGAGAGAAAGAAAAAAUAUGUAUUUUUAACUUUAAAGUUAGGGUGAUUAUGGUAAAAAUUAGUGCGGCCAUUAGCAACCCUCUUCUCUAUUCGUCAAACAGAAAUGACAUAUUUUAUUCUCAUUACAUAUGAGGUUAUUAUUUGAUAACAAAGAACCGCGGCUUACAUUAUUCAAUCCUAACCUUGAUUUGGAAUUAUGCUUGUCACGAUAUUUUUUGAAUCUUUCUUCGGAUUUGAAGGGCGACAUUUCUUAAGACACAUAUCAUCGCAGAGCAAUACACCAUAUGUACAAUGUCUCAUGCAAUUUCGAUAACAUGCGUAGACAGGUUCAUCAUCCGCUGCCGCUUGAUGCUGAGAUGUCAGACUAACCAAUAAGAACAGGACUACAACCACACGGGGAAUACUCCAAAUAAUGUUGGUCUUCAUAUUUUGCAUCAUAUGAUCUUCUUCCCUCCUAUGCCUUAGGACUUAGGUGUGAAUUAGUUCAAAUCUUUUGUGGUAGUUGUGCUUAGUAUCACAUUUGACUUAUCAAUUUAUAGAGUUUCUCUCGAGACACAAAAAAAAAUUAUACAGUUUCUUCAUUCCAUAGAUAUGAAAAGAAAAUCUACACAAUAACUCCCUUAUUAUUAUCUAGAUUCUGUGUGCAUUUAAUUUGUGUGGAUUUUGGUGCAAUUUCUAUUCAUUUUUUAAUUAAUGUAACUUCUAUCCACUAAGGUAUAGUAAAAUUUACUUUUUCUUAAUGUAAUUAAUGUUUCUUUUGACUACUCUAGCAUAACUUAAAGGUUGGAGCGUUAUAGAUAAUGAUUUUUUUAGUAAAAGUAUGAAAGUCAUUUUGACUUUAAGAAGAUUCAACAUAAUUAAUGAUAUAUUUCGUCUAGGUUCAUUGACUUUAACUAAUGUUACAAUCAAUUGCAACCAUCUAUCAACUAGCUCCCCGCCAACCAUAUGCACAUUUCAGCACGCAACAAGCUUCCCUCAAGCUUAAAAUAUAUACCACUUUUCACAUGGACUCUGUCACAGACAAGACCAAUCUUCUCACUGAAUUAUGUUGCAAUAUCAUCGGUUCAAUGAAACAUUUUUCCUAAUGCUUUUGUCCAAAUUGUAUCAAGUGAAUGACAACAAAAGUUUUGGCGGUCUGGGGUUGACACUAAAAGUUGCGAUGGGUUUUGAUGUGCAUAUAUAUUUUCAAUUACAUAAAUUGCUAGCAUGUUAGAGAUUUGUGAAGCUCUCUUUGACAUCUCAAAGUUGUCUGUUUUCUUUAGUUAAUUUGGGUUCAAAUAUUUGUGCCUACCUAUAAUUAGUAUUUUUUAACUUGAGAGUUAGGGAAACUAUAGUAAAAAUUAAUGUGACAAUGAGCAACCCUCUUUCCUUAUUCAUCGAACAAAAAAUACAUAUUUUAUUCUCAUUACAUAUGAGGUUAUUAUUUGAUAACCAAGCACCUACUUACAUUAUUCAGUCAAAACCUUGAUUUGGAACUAUGUUUGUUUCAGUAUUUUUUGAAUCUUUCUUCGGACUUGGAGGACGACAUUUCUUAAGACACUUAUCAUCGCAAACCCAUGAUCCACCACUACAAUGUCCCAUGCAAUGUCGAUAGCACUUGUAGACAGGUUCAUCAUCCGCAACUUCAUGCUGAGAUGACAGAGCAAUCAAUAAGAACAAUACAACAACCACAAGGGGAAAACUCCAAUUAAUGUUGGUCUUCAUAUUUUGAAUCGCUGGUCUUCGUCCCUCCUAUGUUUAGGUGUGAAUUAGUUCAAACCUUUUUGGUCGUUGUGCUGAGAAUCACAUUUGGGGAAUCAAUUUAUAGAGUUCCACUUCACAAAAAAAUACAGUUUCUUCAUUCCAUGGAUAUGAAAGAAAAUCCACAAAAUAACUCUCUUAUUAUUAUCCAGAUUCUGUAUGCAUUUAAUUAGUAUGAAUUUUAGUGCAAUUUCUAUCCAUUUUUUUUAGUCCAUGCAACUUCUAUCCGUUAAGAUAUAGUAAAAUUUACUUUCCCUUAAUGCUAUUAAUGAUUCUUUUGACUGCUCUACUGUAACUUAAAGGUUGGAGCGCUGUAGGUAAUAAAUUUGUAGUAAAAGUACAAAAGUCAUCUUGACCCAUAUGAUCUAAGGAGAUCCAACAUAAUUGAAUCAUAUAUUUUGUCUGGGUUUAUUGACUUUGACUAACGUGACAAUCAAUUGUAACCAUGUGUCAACUAAAAAUCGAGAUUUUAAAUGAAGUAUACAUGUAUUG